AUGGUGCGGACUAAAGCAGACAAUGUCCCAGGUGCCUAUAGCAAAGUGGUGGCUUCUCGAGCCCCCAGGAAGGUGCUUGGUUCCUCCACCUCUGCCACUAACUCCACCUCUGAAAAGCAAAGAGAAAAGCAUGUCCUUUGCAACCUGGUCACACAGAUGCCGAAAAAGAAUGGAACUUUCUUGUUCAUCUUUGACUAA